GGAGAGGAACCCCACUUGGAUUUGCAGUUCCAAGCUGUGCUGUGGGCUUUGCAUUUGGGGCUGCUGACCUGAUUCGUGACACCAUGAGCUGCAGCAUCAAGAGAACGUCCAGCACCUCUUACCGGAGCGGUGGAGGCGCAGGGGGCUGCGCUGGCGGCAGCGGCAGGAGUUCCUCCGUCUCCUGCCGGCGAUACGCCUCCUCGGUCAUAGGCGGUGGGAGCUACGGGGGGGGAGCUUGCAGCAUUGGCUACGGAGGAGGCAUGAGCGCCGGCAGCCUUGCUGGUGGCUUUGCCGGUGGCUUUGGUAGUGGCUUUGGUGGUGGCUUUGGUGCUGGAGGGGACGUCCUCUUGAGUGGCAAUGAGAAGGUCACCAUGCAGAACCUCAACGACCGCCUGGCUGCUUAUCUGGACAAAGUGCGCAGGUUGGAGGAGGAAAACGCUCAGCUCGAGCUCCACAUCCGCGAGUGGUACAGGAAACAAGCGCCCAGCGUCUCCAAGGACUACACCUCCUACUACCAGACCAUCGAGCAACUCCAAAAUCAGAUCAUUUCUGCCACUGUGGACAAUAACCGACUGCUUCUGGACAUCGAUAACAGCAAAAUGACUGCUGACGACUUCCGAAUGAAGUAUGAGAAUGAGCUGGUCCUUCGUCAGACUGUGGAGUCUGAUAUCAAUGGCUUGAGAAAUCUCCUGGAUGAGCUCACUCACACUCGUUCUUCACUGGAAUCUGAGCUGGAGUCCUUGAAGGAUGAGCUGAUUGCUCUUAAGAGAAACCAUGAGGAGGAGCUCAGGCAGCUCCAAUCUCAAACUACGGGUGAUGUGAGUGUGGAGGUCAAUGCUGCUCCUGGCCAAGACUUGACCAAGAUCCUGAAUGACCUGAGGAACGAGUACGAGCAGAUCAUCGAGAAGAACCGCAGAGAGGUUGAGCAGUGGUACGAAGUCAAGAUUGAAGAAGUCAAUCGCCAGGUCACCUCGAGCAGCCAGGACAUGCAGACCAGCAGCCACCAGCUCACUGAACUGAAACGCGAAACGCAGAACCUGGAGAUCGAACUGCAGGCGCAGCUCAGCACGAAAUCCUCCCUGGAAAACUCCUUGGCAGAAACCGAAUCCCGCUACGCCUUCCUGCUGCAGCAGAUCCAGGCGCAGAUUAACUGUGUGGAGGAGGAGCUGGCCAGUAUCCGCUGCGAGAUGGAGAGCCAGAACCAGGAGUACAAGAUGCUCCUGGGCAUCAAGACCCGCCUGGAGCAGGAGAUCGCUCAGUACCGGGCGCUGCUGCAGGAGGGGCAGCAGGACUUUGGAAAUUCUCAAGGAGCUCUCCAAGGAGGGGGAAUAUCCUCCCACUCUUAUUCUUCCACUUCCUACUCUCAUGGUCAAUCUGGUGAGAAGACAGGGCAGUCCCGAGUGUGUUAAGAUACCCCCGAUGGUUCUCACUGCCAUCCCAGCAGCCCAACCUACAAUGCGAUAAUACACAGGACACCCACCUGAUGCACAGACUGCGCUGCAAAUAUUAUCAAGUCAAGAUUAAUAAUGUCUAGGACCCUCUUAAAAUUAUCUGUUUCUUCCUUUUUAUAUUGUUCUUCAUCUGAAACCGAUGUAUCUACAUGCACUCAGGUGCAAUGCAAUUGAUGAUCAUCUUCCUGCUGAUAACAAUGCCUCUAAUAAAACUUUACUUUCCUGCAAUGCAAAGAAAA